AGAACGUGCACCAUAUGGUUAUUGCUCCGACUAACAAACAAUGUCAGCGAACUGCGCACCAUUUUCGCUUGUAUAUAAUUCCGUGUUUCUUUUGUAAGAGCUGAACUGUGUGUAUAAUGUAUUUACAACAUUAGCCACUCAAAAGAUACAGAACUGAUAUCACAGACUGGGAAAAAGCCACUAGACUUCAAAGAGCUUCUUGCUACCACUUAUUGCAAAUAUCAACCACUGUCGAUUCUACUAAACGAUGGGAACAUUUGGAGGACACAUUUUACCCGGAUCGUUCUUUAUCCUGUUCGCCACAUGGUGGACGAUUUCACUUUUUGGUAAGUACUUCCGUGUUCUUACUCAACGUGGUCCAGCAAGAAGAUUUAGGGCUAGGGCUUCUUUCCCAUAUCCUCACCUCCCGAACUUGCCUGUAGAAGGUUGUUUGAAGGUUUUGUUUUGCGCCAUUGGAAUAACUGGAGAAACCAUAACCGCUUUUGAUGAUCAGGGCAGAUUUGCUGCCAUGGUUAAUGCGCAUCACAUUACGAUGUUCUUCUUUUUUGGGAUUAAUGGAGUUUUAGAUAUUUUGCUUUUCUACAAAUUUCCAGUUCCACCCGAUUCUGACUACGUUUCCAUGGUGAUGGCGCUAUGUGUUGAGGCACUAUUGUUUCAUUUUCACCUUCAUGGACGCUCGGAUAUGGACAUUCAUGUACACACUUUACUCCUGUACACGGUAGUGGCCAGCGCCAUUGUUUUGGUUGUGGAAAUUAAUCACAGAGAGAAUGUUUCAGUCGUCUUUCUUCGAGCAUUUUUUACUCUUCUUCAAGGUACGUGGUUCUACCAGAUCGGCUUCAUAUUAUAUAACCCUAUUCCAGACGCUUUACCAUGGGAUCAAAAUAACCACCAGCAGAUCAUGCUCGUCACUGCCAUCUUUGCGUGGCAUAUGGCAGCCAUUAUUGUGUUUAUGGGGUUCAUUGGAUUCUUCGUAUGGCUCAAAUAUCGGCCACUUCUCCAGCAGUCAGACCUUUACAACAAUGUUACGCGAAAUAACAUUUAUGUGGAAAUAUUGCAUUCCUCUACCGAUCAGAACCAGGAAACAGAUGAAAAGAAACCCUGUCUUGUUGAAGAGGAAGAUGAACUUUAG